AUGUCACAUUACUAUGUACGUUGAAAUAUUAUACAUGUAUUAACUAAAACUUCAGAUUAUCAAGCAAUUUUUACCAACUAUGAUAGAGAGGAAUGAAGGUCAUAUUGUGGCUACAUGUUCUGCUGCUGGUCACAUUUGCCCAGCUGGUAUUUUUUCGAAUUUACUUCUAGUGCAUAUACAUAUAUUCAUAGUAUUUAUGAUAUUUUUUACAUCAAAGUAUUACCUAAUGUUGUAAAUGUUGAAACUUUGUUAAAGAAUUUUUCUAAUAUUAUCAAUGCUAACUCUGAUAUUUCAGAAAUUGUUGAUUACACCGGAUCAAAAUUUGCUGUUCGUGGCUACAUGGAAGCCUUAUAUCAUCAGAUGCUGGCAGCUGGGCAUAACAUAGAAUUUACUACAAUAUGCCCAUGGUAAGUCAAAUUUUAUUUAAUAAAAAAAGUUUUUAUUAAGUGCCAACAUAAAGAACCCGCCAUUUUUUACAGUGAAGUAAAAAAAAGUAUGGCGGGUUCUUUAUGUCAGCACAUAGUAGUUUAUACGAUAUUGCUAUAAAAAAAUUGAUAUAUUAUUAUAUAUAAUCUUUUUAAUGAUAUAUUCAUAUGUUAUAAUAAAAAAAUUAAAGGUAUGUCAAAAGCCCAAUGUUUAAACAAGAAGAACACCCUAAUAUGGCAUUCAACGCUUGUGACUGUGAAGAGAUGGUAGAAAGAAGCAUUAAGGCUAUUCGAUUAAACGAGAAAGAAAUCAUCUUUCCAGCUCAUAUCAACAUUUUCCCUAUACUUCGUGGUAUCUUCCCAAUAUGUGUUGGUAGAAGUGUUCUUUUAAGAAAAUUAUGUUAUUCAUGA